UUGCUCCCUGUUUCGUUUCGUCUUUCAACAAUUUUCGAUCCAUCACCGCCAAUGGCUGUCGCUUGACUUCUUUCUGGCGAGAUGCUGCCGCGGUUUUUUGGCAUUUUCUACUCAUUGUUUCGUGUCUUUUUGCAUGACGGUCUGCUCGCGUGAUUAGCACGUAUCGAACGACGGCUGCUGAGUUUUCGGAAGGUGCAUUUUCCGGGAAAUUCGUGAGUGAAAAAGUUGACGGCCGCGUUUGCUGGUUGCGAAGAAGUCUGCGGGCCUGUUGUGUGCGAGCUCCUUUGUGCCCACCUCCUUUCGCCAAGCCCAAGAGCAGCAUCGCCUGUGGGCUUGCCGGGAACCCAGUCGCGGGGCACAAUUAUGUCCCGAGGUGCCUUUCGCAAGGACAAACGCAGUCCUAACGGACACGGAAAUUUACAGCUUGCACUAUUGCAAUGAAAUCCGGUCGAGCUGUUUUGGUGCAUUCUCGUCGACGACCCCAAAUCUGCAUUUCGAGCGUUCUGUGUGAAUGGUGUUGCAAAUCUGCUCCCUGCCAAAUAUAAUCAAGUGUUUUGCAAUUAGAUUUUAAGCGUGGUGUGUGCUAAUCGCGAACUCGGCUGGACGUAAGGAGCCGCGGUAGAAAGGAAAGGUGAACUCAGAUCCGACCGGGAGGAGGAAGAAAGACGCAUGCUGAAAAUGGGGCCAACUGCCGUGGGCCUUUAUGCAAUUGGAUUAAUUGGCGUGUGCUCAGCCCUUCCCAUUCAGUCCGUGAACACCGGUGAUCCAAAUGUUAUUCUUCUGGGAGCGCUAAUAUUUCUAAGCUUUGGCGGAGUCAUAGCCGGAUGCGUAUGCUGUCGACGAAGAAAGAAAGGAUUUGAGCUUAACCAUGAUAUGGAUCGAAAGGAAUUUCGCAAUGAGUCCGCUGUCCCAGAUACAAGCAAAACAGAGUAUCCAAUAUUCCGAGCAUUAUCUCCAGAAGCUCAAAGGCAUACUCCCGUUGCUACACCACCAGUCAGUAAUAGUAAUGAAAAUUUAAUUGAAGAUGAUUUUGACAAUAACAAUGGACCCAUAUCGCCGGCCGAUCUUGAAAAUAUCGAAAACAAUAAUGCUGUAGACUAUAUACAAAAUCAAAAUGAAGUUGGAAUUAACAUUGAACCUUCACCAUAUUCAAUCAAUAGAAAUUUAGUGAACUCAUCUUCUCCAAAUGAUGAUGAAUCAGAACGAUCGCAAUCGCCGUUACCUAUACCAGUGUCGGAACUUGAAGACGUCAUCGUGACAUCAUCUAAUUCGUGCAGAGACGAAUCAGUACGACCAAAACAUUUCUAUACAUCUGACGCACAAUUAGAAACUGUGGUAGUCGAUAAGUUAGUGCAUGAAGAAGCACCUGCGCUUGAAGUGGAGGAAAAGCUAAUCGUUAAAGUAGUACAGCAUUCGUCACUAGCAGCACCUCAAAGUCGACUGGAUUCUAAAGUGCAGACGCUAAUCGAUAAUAUUGAACCUAAUGAUUUGGAAGGGAAGGACGCAAUUUGUGGAAAUGGUGAGAUAUUGCCGAGCAUUUAUUUGGAUAGUAACAAUGGGGAAAAAUCUAAAGACUGUCAAGAAGAAAAAAGUGAUGCAACCACUCCUGAUGAAUUAUUAUCAAUAAAAAGCGGUUCGUCUGGGAAAAGCGGAGAAAUCAACAGCGUCGAAGAAGCCUUGCGAGCCUUGGAUUGUGCCAUAGCUGGAGAAAAUUCACUCAAUUCCGGGGGAGAUGACGAAGAUGAUUUAAUUGAUGAAGAUUUCGAAUGCAAUAAUACAAAUUUCCAAAAUGUUAUCAGACAGCUGCUGAUAAAUGAUGGCAUGAAACGUAUUUUGCCAGAUCUUUCAGAUGAUCAAUUAAAUGAUAACCUUAGCAAAAUAUCCAAUUUAGAUGGUGUUCGAACUGAGGCAGAAUUAUUGGUCGAUAGUAUAUUGAAUGAAAGUAGAAAAAUUGCCGAAGAAAAAAGGAAGGUGAAUAAUGAGACUGUUGUGAUUCAGACCUGUGAAGUGAAGGAUAAUGUAAAAGUAAAGUUUCUCGAUAAAGAAAACUGCAAUAAUAAGUCUGAAAUUAGUACCUCUUCACCUGCCACCCUCACUCCCUGCGAAUCCAUGGAAGAUUUCUUUUCUUUCAACCAUUUGGAAAAAACCAGCACACCAUGUAUACAAAAUAAGUACACAUCUCAAACAUCAUCAAUAUUUGCGCUCCCAUCGUCCGCAAUGCCAGAAUUAGGAUUACGAAAAAAACUAAUCGAUGACACUGAUGUUCUAACUAGUCCGUUGGCAAAUAAAACUUUCGAUAAAGUUACACUAAGUGAAACAAUCACUAUAAACGAGAAGACCGAAAGCCCCAAUACAGCCGAUGGUACCUUUACAUUCCCAAAAAAUGAACCAGCUGCAUGUAAUCAAACCUUUGAAGUGAAUAAAACAUUCGACCUUCAACCAGUUGUUGUGGACGAUGCGAACAGAGAGUACACUCAUCCUGGUGAUCCAUGUACUUCGAAACAGGCAUUAGAACGCGACAGUUGUUAUCCUUCAAUUGUAUAUGAUCAUGAAGAGGUCAACUCGGAAGAUAUGACAACCGUUACCCCUGUCAAUACUCCAAUCGAAUUGAACUAUUCGAAUGAAAUGUGGAAUCGCUUGACAAAAGGAGCAGAAUUGAAUGCAGGCAAUGAAAACCAAGGAGAUCCUUCGAGUGAUGACAAUGGCUUUGGUGGUAGUGGAUGGUUUUUACACCCACGAACGAGCAAUAUACAUGAGAAUGAAACAUUUGAUAUGGACGGAGAAGAGGAAGAUGACGCAAACUUAGAAUCAACAUUUGAAGCACUUCGAAAACAUUUGGCCGAAGUGUUACCUCAGCCUCAGGGAAUAACGGGACCAGCAGAAUAUUCCGAUGAUGAAGACGAUAUGCCGCAGAACAGAACUUUUGAUGAAUAUAGAUCACCAUUGGAUGCAGCCGUGGUGGGCCUUUUGGAAGGGGAUCCAACUCCAGGAACUACAGUACAAAAUGAGAUGUUUAUAAAUUACAAACGAGUGCUUACUCCUAUUUUGGAAGAAAGUGAAGAGGAAACUUGUAAAACGUUCGUUAUGAAUGAAACGAAAUGUUUGGACAGUACAAGCACUGGAUGUGUCGACACUGGCGAAGCAAUUAUGGGAGUAAGCAAGGCAUUAAUGGCAUCAAAUGAUACCCUUUUCAAUUUCGAAGAUACAUUAGGUGAAAGAGAAGAUGUGUUCUCACCAAGAACACCCACCCGAUCUGAGACACAAUUAAAUGUAUCUGGUAAAAGUGGAAAGUCAACAGAAGAAAAUUCUGUGGCAACGUUAGAUAGUGAAAAAUUCGACUCGAACAAUUCUGAAGGUAUCGAGCAGGAAGAAAUGGAAAACAAAGGGCGACGAUCGCCGCCAAAAACUAUUGAUCUGCCAUAUCCAUUAGAAAUGAUGAUUGAUAAUGAUGUCUGUUCGCCGGAACAACAGAAAACAUUUUCGGAGGGAACGAAUUCCAGCAAUACAGACCGAGUGUCGUCUGAUAUGUCUGGAGCUGCCGAUCACGAUGCAACAUUUACCACAUACACAAACGAAGAAAAGACUUGUAUUACUGUAAUCGUCAAAGAAGAUGAACGAUUAUCAGAGAUCUCUGAACCAGAAUGGGGCUCCACAACAUCUCAUGGAGGAGGAUAUGAAAUGAACAGUCUCACAGAUGUCCCUAGUCUAGAUUAUAAUAUUAAUAGCAUAGAGGAUGACGAUAAGAUUGACAGCAAUGAUGGUAGCAGCAAUUCAUGCGAUGUCACCUCAAAGAAUACAAAUCCGGACCCUAAUAUUACACUGCAAAUUGCAGGGGAGAGUAAUCAAAGCACAGAAGACAACCAGCAAGAGGAUUCGGGGAACAGCACGCAUAUGUCGGCCGAUGAUCGGACAUCAAAUAGUGAUCACUCACUCGAAGAUGAAACUCAAAAAUGUGACGAUAAAAUGUCAAGAACAAUAAUCGUUGUCGACAGGCACGACGAUCUUAUGAACCAAUCGCAAUCAAGUCCAUCCAAAAAUUAUACUUUACACGAUAUGAACUUAGAUGAUAGAGAGAAAUGUAGAAAUUUUAUACAAAAUGAAAUUGCGAUUUCGUCUAGUCAAACUCUCCAGCAAUACGAGACGAGCAAUGGAACAGGAUACGACGAUAACUUGUCGAUUGAUGAUGAGAGCGGAGAGGGUGAUGGUGAUUUCGAUUUUGAUAGUUCCAAAGAGAAUAAAAACCCAAAUAUUAACGAACAACAACAACAGACACAACAACAAUUAACUUUAAGCCCGAGUUCGAUUGAUUUUGAUAAACAACCGAUUUCAACAAUUUCCUACCAAAAAGUACAAACAAAUAGUCAGGAUGCUGUGAUAGUUGAUAAAAGAAGUAAAUUAAAUUCAACGCCCGAUCAUCUUUACGAAAAUAAGGAUUUGAAGAAUGGUGGAAGUGGAAUACAUGAGAAUAUAUUUUAUCAACCAGAAUCAACAAUAUUGCCAAAUAAACAUCAGCAAACUAUAGCAAAUUAUAGCGUAAGCGAUGUUGAUAUGAAUGGUGUACACAAUGAACAUUGUCUUAUGGUAGCUGAUGAAAUAAUCGCUCACUUGUCUGGCGAAGAAGACCCUUGGGCCGAGCCAAUUCACAAUGACAUACAUUUCACGGGACCAUGUUCAGAGAUAAUUACAUCGUUCACGAAUGAAUGGGACAGCGAUGUGGAUGAUAGUCAUAGCAGCGAAGAAUUUAUGUACGUUCGAGGUACACCGACCAAAGAAAAACUCAGAGAGAUGUUGGAUAAACAAACAGAUGUCGGGAAUAAAGUGAAUACCGACCAUGAUUUUUUCGAAUAUGAGGGACUCAAUGAAGCUGACGUAUGGUCGACGCAUGAAGAUAAAGUCCCCGUUGCCGAUUCUGCCGAAGACGAAAUAUCAGAAGGAAGUUCUUCGGAAUUCGAAGGCGAAUUUGUUCCAUCAUGUUGGGAUUCUAUGGCCACGCCUGCUCGUUCAGCAUUAAAAAGCCCAGAUAAAUCGAGCAGUGAGGAGGAAAGAAAAUUUCAGCCUAACAAAAAGCGGCGUAAUGUUGCAUUCAAAAAACAACGAUAUCAUUCAGUGUAUGAAUAUCCUCGCGAAAAUGCUUCUUUGUCGCCAUCUUAUAGCGAGCCAUACUUGUAUAGUAAACACAGUGAAUCUUUGUAUUUUGGUCGAAAUUCAAAGGAAGAAUUCAACGACGGAUUUACAGUGUCCAGUUCGAUGCGCCCAUUUCAUGGUAGCCAAUUUAACGCAUUGUGCCAUACAUGGCCUACUGACUCAGAUUUUUCUUGGUCUCAGAUUGAGGACCUUGGUGAUAUUACGGACGAAAAGAAACUUGCGACCUAUUCAAAUUCAACAAGUGGAAAAUGGCCUCAAAAUUUUGAUAGUAUCGAUUUAACGGAUGGUGAUGUAAAAACGGAAAAUCUCGAAGAUUACGGAAACAACAGACCAGAUAGUGGCGUAGGAGAAUCUGCUGAAAUGCUUAGUGAUCGACUGCCCCUUGGAGAACUAUGCCACACAAAAUCAACACUUCGUCUUCCUCUGAAAAUAUUGCCCCCAACUGAUUCAUUAACCGACAUAAAACCCGAUUCAAUGAAAUUAGACGAGCCAGCAGCAGUAGACAGGUUAAUAUUGCCAACGCCAUCGUGCACUGGUUCGAUGGACUCGAUAAGUUCAAGCUCUGGAUCUGAAAGGCAAGUGAGUUUCUCGACCUUUGGAAAAAACCAGAACUCAUUAUCAAUAAAUAUUGAAGUAAAUGAUAAUAAGCGACCCAUUUGUAACACAAUUUCUAUUACAAACAACGAACAAGUGAAACCCGCUCUGAUUUUGAUAGAAAACGGCCCGAUCGAAUUCCCAUUGGGAUCAGAUAAAAUUAAGCAAAGCGAUAGUACCGAUGAAGACUCUGGUAUCGAAAGUAUUAUGAAAGUGAAUAGAGAAAGCGAUUAAACUGAUAAUGUAAGUAGUGCAAAAGAGUUUCUUUAAGUUGUAAAAAAUGUGCGUUUCUAAUCGAUGAAAAUGGGAGAUUUUGGGUAAUAAACAACGAGAUUGAAUGUAUUCUUGUUGAAUUUGAAGUUUCUUGUACUAAUCGGAUUCUAUUGAGUUGAUAAUGAUCCAACAAAAGUGGGGAAGUUAGAAAAAAGGUAAAGAUAGUCUCCACUUGGUCACAUUUCCACUACAUUUUGCUCUAACUCUACCAGCUACGUUACCUUCAGAGACAUCUCUGCAAAGUUUAUUACCAAUUAAUAUCUCAUUUCUCGACUAUGUGUGUACAAAUGUGGAUGUUAAAAGUAAACAAGUAAUUAAUUGUUGUUAGGAAUUAUUUAUGUGAUGUAAAACGUACAACUGUUUUGUACUAUAUCGGGAGGUGUUUUUAUCAACACAUUUUAGUUAAUUUGACGGGGAAACAAUGCUCAUGCUAGAUAGCUUUUAUUUUCUAUGAUUCACGUUUGCGCAGGAGGUUUCAUACUGCCUUCUUUGCAGUAAAGCAACUACUUUAUGUACAUUUAUUCAUCCAUUCAUUCGCGCAGUCCUAUCUCCUAUUCCGGGAGUUGAAAAAAUGUUUACCGCAACACUGAAACUCAAUAAUUCAUGAAUGGACUUUGUAAUGCCUCGACAGAAAAGGCGGAUCUUAUUGGAUGAGAAUUAUUACACCAGAUUUUUCAAAUUACAUCUAAAGGACGAAAACUGUAAUGAGUUUCCUCUUAGCUCGGAUGCGAAUAAUGAUAAUAAAACAUUUAGCCGCUGGAAAGUGUUUCCUUGUGCAACCAAGUAGACUUUCAUGUCUUUUAUAUUUAACAAACCUACGAUGGGACGAUUGUAAUGAAUGAGAAAUGCUGAAUGUAAUACUGGAAACGUAAUAUUUAAUAGGAAAAGAAAGCCGAACGGAAUAACUGAAAAACAUGUACUUGCUUAAAGGCCAAAUCUCUACUAGAACUAAUUUGUAUCUUAUUGUAUUCACAUGUUUUCUCUUAGUUGUAACGUAAUAUUAGACGAACGAGAUCGUUUUAGAACUUGAUAGUUUUAACGAAAUCCUCAUUGAAUAAGCAUAACUGAUAUGAAUUAAUUGUUUAAUUUUGUUUCUUGUUUUAAAAAAUAUGAACGAAGAUUAUAUGUUAAUUUUUAGACAACAAAAAAAUUAGUUAUGAAUUAUUUUUAGGAUUAUUUCACAUGGAGGAAGAAGGAAAACUAUUUUAUUGUGCUAUUUACAUGCACAUCAAAUUCGAAUAAUUACAGUAUUUAAUCCGUGGAAAAAUAAAUAGAUUUGAAAGAAA